UUUAUUUGGGAAAGGUAAACGUCGCGUCAAAUCGUUUAAAUGCCACCAUUAGUUGUGUGUAUAGGUGUAAAUUUUAGGACAAAUAACUAAAUAUAGACCAUAAACAAAAAUAUUAAACAUUGGUAUGGAACGUGUUCGUAAUACUCGUCUUCUUAGGCUAGUUUAUGGAGGUAAAAAUAAAAAAGGCAAACUCAAUUUGAAACAUGUGGUUGGUGAAAAUAAUGGGAACAUAUCUCUCUUGUCUAUGACGGAUACAAGUUCUAUAGGUAGUGAUUUAUCUACAUGUCCAGAACAUUGUACACCAGAGGAAUGCUUUCUAGAAGCAGCCACAAAAGGGAAACAACAGGAAUUCCAGAGAUUGUACGUUGAGAAUCCCGAGAGACUCCACAUACAAGACAGCAAUGGUAACACCGCACUCCACCACGCCUCCAUUAAUGGUCACCUACAUAUCGUAGACUUUAUCAUACAACACGAUGGGGAUAUCAACGCUAUAAACAGCAAUGGUGACACACCCUUACAUGAAGCUGUGCGGCACGAACAAACCAUUAUAAUAGACUUUCUACUGAAAAAUGAAGCAGACUCGUCUAUUCUCAAUGACCUUCAGAUGGCACCUAUACAUCUAGCCAUCGAUUGUGAUUCACUCAAAUCAUUAGAGGCUUUAUUAAAACAUAAAAGUGUCAACAUUAAACUAGCUGGCGAAUCUGGAUUUACACCCCUCCAUUACUGUGCUGAUAGAGACAGAGCGGAAGGUGCUAAACUAUUGCUCAAACAUGGAGCCAAACCCUGCAUGAAGUGUAACCAUGGAUACUAUCCUAUUCAUAUUGCUGCACGAGCAGCUGCUGCUACGACACUAGAUGUGAUCAUAAAAUAUGUUGAAGCACUAGGUUACACAAGAGCUGAAGUUCUGUCAUUUGAAGAUAAAGAAAAUAAUACAGCCUUACAUUCAUCUGUUAAUAGCGGUUACCCUGAGGCUGUUAGAGUAUGUUUGAAUGCAGGUGCACCAGUAGAUGCACAACAAGAAGACAAGUCAACACCGUUACAUUUUGCCUGCGCUCAGGGAGGUUUGGAAAUGAUAAAAAUUAUGUAUGAAAUACAGGAGAGUAAAUUCUUAUCAGCCAUGAAUACCACUGACAUACUGAACAUGACACCUCUCCAUCGGGCUGCUUUGUUUAAUCACGUGGGUGUGGUUGAAUACCUAUUGGACAAGGGAGCUGAUAUCAAUGCCUUAGACGCUAAUGAUAGGACUCCAUUGUUUGUUGCUGCCUCUAAAAGUGCUUGGAAUACUGUGAACCUGCUGAUUAAGAGAGGAGCUAACAUAUCAUUGAAGGACGAGAAGAGUAGAAACUUCCUACACGUCAUAAUUAAAGGAGGAGGAAGUCUCAAUAUGUUUGAAGACGAUGUGUUCAAAAAUGUGAAGAAUCUCCUGAAUGAGACUGAUGACAUUGGUUGUACGCCCCUUCAUUAUGCCACACGUGAGGGACAACUUAAUGCUAUUGAUACCUUGAUGAGCAUGGGAGCACUGUUAAACCCAAAAAAUAAAAUGAAGCAAUCACCUCUCCACUUUGCAGCAAGAUAUGGACGUUAUAAUACAUGUAAACGUCUACUGAACAGUAAGGACGGACCAGGGAUUAUCAAUGAGGUGGAUGAAGACGGAAGUACAGCACUUCAUCAUGCCGCUAAAAAUGGACAUGUUAAAAUCAUCACAUUACUGAUGCAAAGAGGAGCCUAUGUUACUAGGGACCAUGAAGGUAACACGCCUCUACACAUGGCUGUCAUACAUGGACACACUAGAAGUAUGAGAUGUAUUCUCAAUGUCCAUGGUAACCUACUGGAUUCUCAAAACAAUGAUGGGAAUACAGCUUUACAUGUAGCAUGUCAAGUUGGACAAGUACCGGCAGUUACACUUCUAAUGAGCGCUGACGCUAAGUUUUCGCUUAAUGAAAAUGGGGGAACAUUUUUUGAUCUGGCGAUUGACAACAAACACACAGACGUUGCAACUGCUAUAGUAAAACAUCACAGGUGGAUUGAAGUAUUACGCACAUCUUCAGACGCAGGUUGUGGUAUGAGCCGUUUGAUAGAACAUUUGCCAGACGUCGGCAUGGUUGUGUUGGACAACUGUCAAAAAGAUUCAAAAAGAGAAGAGAAAACUGGAGGUUGUAAAGUAAAAAAUUCAUACAUAGAUUAUGAUUUCCAAUUUCUGCAGUGUCCAUACACUUAUACCAAAGCAAAACAAAUUCCAGGAGAAGAAGUUCUGCCAAUGUAUGCGUUAAAUCUCAUGGUGAAGUUUGGUAGAGUUGAGUUACUGUCUCAUCCAGUUUGUAAAGCCUAUCUCUCCAUGAAAUGGCUAGCCUAUGGAGUUUGGCUGUAUUCUAUCAACUUUAUUUUGUACAUUAUUUUCCUUGUAAUGUUGACAUAUAUGGUAUCAUUACCAUGUGUUAACCACUUCUCACCAAAUAGUACCAAUACUACAAACUAUACUUUAAGAAAAAACGAUGAUUCUUACAUCUGUCACCAGACAGGCAUGGGUUUAGAGAUGAGUAAAUGGGUAGUUCUUCUUUUCACAGUUCUCAAUAUUCUGAAAGAGAUAUUUCAAAUGGUUCAACAGAGAGUCAAAUAUUUCACUGAUCUGAAUAACUUAUUGGAAUGGGUGCUGUAUGUUUCAUCUGCGUUGUUUGUGACACCUGUUUUGUUUGGCUACAGUGAUCAUCUGAACACAGAAGCCGGGGCGAUAGCUAUAUUUUUGGCAUGGUUCAAUUGUCUUCUUUUUCUCCAGAGAUUUGAUGUAUUUGGGAUCUAUGUGAUCAUGUUUCUAGAGAUACUACGAACCUUACUACAAGCAUUGUGUGUUUUCUCGUUACUGUUCGUAGCCUUUGGACUUUCAUUCUUCCUUUUACUGAGGCAUGAGAUUUCUGAAGCUUAUUCCACUCCUGGACUAUCUAUCCUGAGAUCUGCGAUGAUGAUGCUAGAACUUGACUAUAUGGUGUCGUUUAAUGAACCCUAUACUGACAGUGAUGACCGGACAUUGCCAUACAAAGCACCGACAAUGAUACUACUCAUCGUAUUUGUACUGAUCAUGCCUAUCUUACUGAUGAACUUAUUGAUCGGUUUAGCUGUAGGAGAUAUCGAAGCAGUUCAAAAAGAUGCUACGUUGAAACGACUUGCAAUGCAGGUUGAGCUUCAUACUGACUUCGAGAGAAGAUUACCUCAGAAACUAUUGGAGCGAGUGGACAAAGUGAACAUUAGAGUGUAUCCCAGCUGCAGGACGAGCAUGAUAUCGAGCCUUUGGUCUAAGAUGACCUGGCAAAAUGCAUACGACGACCCAUCAAGACUACCGAAAGAAAAUGCCGAGCUGGCUUUGGAACUCACGAAACAAAAAGCUAAAAUUAAACAGUUGACAAGUUUUGUUGAGAAGAACCACGAUUUACUCCGUUUGAUAGUUCAAAAGAUGGAAAUAAAGACAGAAGAAGAUGAUAUGGACGAAGGAGAAGUCAUGACUAAAGAUGAACUCCAGUGUAAAGCCGCUUGUAAGAAAAACAAAUGGAAAUCUACAAACCUUAAGAAAAAUGUUAAACAAAGUAUGGUUGUAUCUAAAUGGAAGCAGAUAUCUACAGAGAAAAGAGACAAUAAUACAAAUUGUUAAAGCUGUUGUAAUGUUUAUAGGUUUAAUCUAAUAUCAAAUGAAUCAUAAAAUGUACUAAUGUUGUUAUA